AUGAAGCAGUGUGCCAAACAGUGUUCUCAAUGAUGAGGUAUCGGAGUUAAUUCUGUUGAUCACUUCAACGGACAAUUUAAAGCCGGUGGCUUGUGUUGGCUUUGCAGGGGGAAAAGGGAGAUGUUAUGUGGGAAUUGUAAUGGAGUUGGCUUUAUUGGUGGAUUUUAUGAUGAUGAGUAA